CUUCUUCUAUAUAUUUAUAAAAGACAUUAAUGCUAGCAUCGUAACAACAGAUACUAGGCGACAAUACGUGCUUGGUGAAUCGUGUAGUCAACAUUUGUAUUGUCUUCCAAGUUAGCUUCCGCAAUUUGAGUGGUCAUAUACACUGCCACAAGUAUAUAAAAGUACAUAGUUACGUAUACACACAAGUGUACACACAAGUGUACACACACACACACACACACACACACAUAUAUAUAUAUACAAUGGCGGAAUCUGUUAUUGAAUUACAACGUCGCCUACACGAAGAGCGCGAAGCGCUUGAGGUGGCUGCCAGUGAACUGAUGUUCAAAAUCGAUACAAAAGAUAACUCUAUGGGACGAAAGGAUACAGUACUCGCAGAGACUAAGGU